CCCCUGCUCAGCUCGCAGCAGCCGCUUGUCGGUCCCAGCUUUAAUUGUAAGCCAGCGGUUGUAGGGAGAGGUGAGAGAGGAGGGAAGCUGGAUAGCGGAACCCAGAAGUGGAAUCAGGAAGCCGAAUUGGGAUGCAGGUGAGACCAAUAUAAUCCAUGAAGAGUCUAUGAAAUACUUUGUAAUUGGACAAGCUUGCAGUGUAAGCCUAUCCAGGGACUUCAUGCUGCUUUAAAUAAAAAGCUUAAUUGACCUCAGUUGUAAAGUGCAAGAUAUCCUUUCAGAGAAACGGGCGGCUCUUCUUACAGGCAACCAAUAACCUAGUUGUCCUACAAGAAUACGAACUUGGAGUUGGGAGACGGCAAGAUGUUAACCAAGCCUUUCAUAAUCGCCUAGAGUCACAUAGCAGCAUGUCAGCUCUGACAGAACUAGCAUUCUCCAUUCUCGAAAAGAGGUAAUAUAAGAGUUUGACUUUUUUCCUUCAAAUCGCUCAGUAGUAGUAGACUUACAAAGCUGAAUUCAGAUUUUAUUCUAUUUAUCUUGGUUGUUUUUUUUAAAAGCUUGGAUCCAAAUUCAUUUCAUGCUAUUUUUAAAGACUUUUAUACAAAGUGCCUUGUUGAAGGAUCUCUUUUCUCCACUCUGAAGAGCAGCUAAACUGUUCCUAGCAGUCACAGUGAAACAGAGCCUGAAAUCAGCACACCACUUUGGAUUAUGUUCUGGAAAAUUGCAGACCAAAGAAAUCAAUAAUCUGGGUGUUUUACGUUGUGUUUUAAGUGUGCUGGAUAUUCUUUGCUGGAAGUUAAAUUACAGGCAAAGUGAACCAUAGUGGAUUUGAUUGGAUUGGAAACUAUUGUAGUUUCUCUGCUGGCUCUGUGUCUGACAUCUUCACUUCUGAAUUGUGCUUGAUGGGGGUUUUUCUUAAGGGUGCCAACCUUUCAAUUAAGGACAGAAUACUAGAGUUGGAGGACUUGGCUUCUAUGUGCCAAAAGCCAUAUCAGCUUAACCCACAAGCAGAAGUCUGUUGUCCUAACAGUUGGCUUCAGUACUACAUAAAGAAGAACUACAUAAUUGUGCAACAUAACAUUUAAGAUGGAACUAAAAGAGGCUCAUCAUGCCAAUGGAGUGGUGCUGCCCAUUGUGGCUGGGCCUAUAGACUGUCUAUCCAGUCCUGACCGAGAACAUCUCGUUGAGUCUUCUGAUUUUUUAGAACCAGAAGGAGGACGAGGCAUGGAAGUGGUGGUGAUAGAAUCCCGAGCCAAUGCAAAAGGGGUGCGUGAAGAGGAUGCCCUGCUGGAAAAUGGCAGUCAAGCUACUGAAAGUGAUGAUACUAGUACAGACCGGGGUCCAGAACCAACCUCUCCUCUCAAAGAGACUUCCUUUUCUAUUGGUCUACAAGUCCUUUUUCCAUUCCUGCUGGCAGGGUUUGGAACAGUAGCUGCUGGGAUGGUGCUGGAUAUUGUUCAGCACUGGGACGUCUUCAAGUAUGUGACCGAAGUAUUUAUCCUGGUUCCAGCUCUCUUGGGGCUGAAAGGGAAUUUGGAGAUGACAUUAGCUUCUCGCCUUUCUACUGCUGCUAACAUAGGACAAAUGGACACACCAAAAGAGCUCUGGAAGAUGAUAAUAGGAAACAUGGCUCUGAUACAGGUUCAAGCAACAGUUGUUGGUUUUCUGGCUUCAAUUGCUGCAGUGAUAUUUGGCUGGAUCCCAGAUGGACACUUCAGCGUUGGCCAUGCCAUUCUCCUUUGUGCCAGUAGUGUGGCCACUGCCUUCAUUGCCUCCCUUGUGCUGGGCAUGAUCAUGAUUGGUGUAAUCAUUGGUUCCAGAAAGAUGGGUAUCAAUCCUGACAAUGUGGCUACGCCUAUUGCUGCCAGUCUUGGUGACCUCAUUACCCUGGCUCUGCUUUCUGGGAUAAGCUGGGGCCUCUAUAUAGAACUGGAAGACAAGCCUUAUGUGAAUCCCUUGGUGUGUGCUUUUUUUGUUGCACUGCUCCCCCUCUGGAUCAUCAUUGCUAAGCGGAAUCCAGCAACCCAGGAGGUACUAUAUUCUGGCUGGGAACCAGUCAUCAUUGCCAUGGCAAUUAGCAGUGUUGGAGGAUUGAUAUUGGAUAAAACAGUGUCAGAUCCAAAUUUUGCAGGAAUGGCAGUCUUUACUCCUGUUAUAAAUGGUGUUGGUGGCAAUCUGGUGGCUGUCCAGGCUAGCCGCAUCUCCACUUAUCUCCAUAUGAGUGGGGUGCCUGGAGAGAAUUCAGGAAUAGCCCCCCGCAAGUGUCCAAGUCCCUGUAGCACCUUCUUCAGUUCAGCAGAUGUGAAUUCCCGGUCUGCUCGGGUGCUUUUCCUUCUGGUUGUGCCAGGUCAUUUGGUUUUCCUUUACACCAUCAGCUCCAUGCAGGGAGGUCACACUACCCUCACUCUGAUAUUUAUAGUUUUCUACAUGACCGCAGCACUUCUCCAGGUUCUCAUUCUUCUUUACAUUGCUGACUGGAUGGUUCAUUGGAUGUGGGGCCGAGGUCUGGACCCGGACAACUUUUCUAUACCUUAUUUGACAGCACUGGGUGACUUGCUUGGAACAGGUCUCCUGGCACUCAGCUUCCACAUCCUCUGGCUAAUUGGGGAUCGGGAUACUGAUGUUGGAGACUAACAGCACUCUUCCUCAGCUUCUUCAGUCCUCAGUUCAUCUCCUUCAGUCACAUUCCCCUGCCCCCACAAAGUCGUUCUUUGGGACUUUAACUUUGAUACUAGAUUCUCAUUAUUUUCAAUGGGAAUUUUAUGUGGUUUAUAUUUCAAGCCAAGUGUGUACAGGAGAAUUAGUUUUAAGAAGGACAAAAGAAGAAGAAAAUGUAUAAAGACAAUCACCAAGUGCAAUUUCAAAAUGGUUAACUAUUUAUAUAUAAUAGAGAAAAUAGAGAAAAAUGGAACAAAAUUUUUUAAAAACAUCCACCUUUCACCAUCUGUACCCACUUAAGGCAUAAGUGAGUGUUUUUCCAGCUUGGCAACUUCUGGACUUCAGUUCCCAGAAUUCUCCAGCCAAUAUGCUAGCCAGAGAAUUCUGGGAGUUAAAGUCCACACAUCUUAAAAUUAUCAAGUUUGAAAAACACCACACUAGAUAUACAAGGCUAUCACUUGUGUGUAAUAUAUGUGUAUGUGAAUAGUUAAGAUGCAGCUGGUAACUGGUGUUUUUAAACUAGGCUCAUAUUUUUCAUCAGUUACUACAGCUGGUACCAAGUAGCAACAAACAGAUCAAGUGUUUUGGACACACACAUACCCCUCCUUGCUUAUCCUUGAUAGUAUAAUAAAUCUAACUGACCAAAAGACAGGUAACAGAUCAAGAGUUUUGGACACACACAUACCCCUCCUUGCUUAUCAUUGAUAGUAUAAUAAAUCUAACUGACCAAAAGACAGGUCUUUAUGGAUCUGAAAACUUUCAAUAUAUGGGAUUGAGACACUUAAUGUUUUGAUGCAAAAUCCUGAUAUUACAAUUGAAGGCAACUAUAGGUGUUUAGCACUUCUUCAAAUCUACAGAAUAAAAUUAGUUUGUGGAAUGUUUUCCAGAGUAGAUCUGAUGCAUUGUAACAUCAAGAUGGAGUUGGUUCAUUUCAAAAGCCUCAGAUGAAAUAUAAUUAGAAAUGAAAGCUCCUUACACACAUAUAUUUCAUAGUCUUUAUCUGAAGUUUAGACUUGUAUACAAACAUUAUCUUUGUAUAGUAUAGUUAUAAAAACUGGCAGGUACUAUCUACAUGGUAGCGAGAUCCAAGAUUUUCAACAUAGGUUCUGUCUUCUAGGUCAAAUGUCAGAACAUCUGUAAUAUUGCAACAAAUAGAUAAAUGCUAUUAUGAAUCUGAAGAAAUGGCAUUUAUUUUAUCAUUUUUUCAUGAAAAAUGAGACAUUGAGUGUCUUAGAAGUGUAAAAACCAGAUUGAAAUCAGAUCAUUUGGAUGUUUUGGAUAGCAAUUGAAUCUGUGGAAGCAACAAAAUAUCAGGUUCUGUAAGUAGGGAGUUUUUGUAUGAAAUACACUCUUCUUACUAUAGAGGUAUUUAGAAUUUAUCUUCUCACUAUGUUGCUUGUAUAAAUAGAGUUUGAGCAUAAGUAACUCAAAAUAUUUAAAUAGGGAAUGCCAAAUUAGUUGCAUAAAACAAAAUGUGAAAGGGGGAUCUUUCAUUUUAUUCAAGAAUGGAAAUUAAGAUUCUGUGCUAUCCCAUAGACAGUGGAGGCCUAUUUUGCUGAAUGUUAUUUGUUACUGAACUCAACAAUAUAACCAAAAUUGCUGGGACACCUACCUCUUUUGUAUAUGACUCACUACUCAUAUACAUUUCCUCAACGCCGAACUCCAUUAAAGAUUGUUUGGCUUUUCUAUAAUCAAAAGAUUGUUCUUGUUCUCUUGUUUUGGCUUUUCUAUAAUCAAAAGAUUGUUUUUGAAUGCUUGAUUUAAUUACCAAUAAAGCUGAAGUAAGGAGGGAUGGACCAGUGUUGACCUUUGAAAAUGCUGUGUCCUAGCUUUGAUUUACUAUCUUCAAAAUGCAUUGGGUUACCACAUAUGGAUUGCAGAAAUCCAGAACCACCAGAUGGCAACAAAAUUUAAACAUUUUAGCAUUUUUUUCCCCUGUUUUCUUGUGGUUGCCUGGGAGGUUGCAAUCCUAAACUUGCUCAAGUAAUGAAACUGAAUGCUUGUGACUUUCAGAAAAGUGUUGAGUUUGUUUUGCUGGAAACAAGCUGUUAUCUGGAAUGUAACAGCAGCUUUCCUGCAAGUUUUCCUUAAAAACAAUGUGGUUGCUAUUUACCAAAAUUAAAAUUCGGACUGGAAGUGAAUAUAUUGUGUUCAAUAUAUUCCACAGGAGCUUAUGUAGACUGCAACUAUUUUUAGGAUAAUCCUGUGACCUACUUUAUUUUACAACCUGGGUGCUGCCAUAAUCAUAUUUUAAUAUGUCAUCAGGGGAGACUUCAAAUUCAUGUUGCAAUUGUUUGUGAGUUAAUCCUUCUGUGUGCAUGAUGCCUUUAGUAAUUUGGAAGUAAUGGAUAUGGCUGAAGAUGUUCUUGCCUGCCCUCUGUGAAUACAAGUAUUUAUAUGGUGAGGUUUCUUCAGAUUUCAGUAGAUGCCAAUGCUUAGUUUCUUUUUAAGAAAUGGAUUUUUCCCAAGUAAGUUACUAAUUACUUUCAAAAAAAAGUCUACAUUAAGCAUUGUCCUAAGCUCUUUAAAGAACUUUCAUCUGCCUUAUCUAAAUGUCCAGUUCGAUGCAUUUAUUUUAAUCUAACAGUCUAAGCAUUUUUCUUAUAUAUGUAUAUAAUACCACAUAAGCAUUUUUUUCAUUGUGUUUAUCUGAUUAAUAUCUAUGUCACUAAAUCUCAUUAAUGGAUAUAUAUCUCCUAGUUAAAUUUAGUCUUUCAUCCAGGAGCUGAAAUGUUUGUGCUGCUUGGGUGAGAUCCCUGGAUUUUAUUGCCUUGAAAGUGGUAAGGUGGGAAGCAAAGUGCAAGUAUAUGAACAGAAUGAUGUAAAAAAAAUAAUUUUAUACUCACAAGUUGCACUCAAAUGCAUGUAUAUUUAAACUUGGCUGCAAAUGAAAAUUAAGCUUUUGGUUUAUACCUUUAUUCAACAAAGAAAACAAAUUCCUUAUUUAUAGUUGCUGUAAUUGAAUUGACAAAUGCCAAUUUAACUGAUAAAUUAUAUUUGGUAAAAUAAAUAUUUACAUUUA